AUGCAUAAGAAUGUGUCCUAUGGAGAAGGCGAUGUGUGGACUGAAAGGGUAGGGCACCAGAUGACAGCAGCUGAAAGCUUGAAGUGGUGUCUAGCUCUACAACUUCUACUCCUGCCUCACUGCCUCUUGGAGACCAGCAUUCAAGGUCAUUCAGAACAUCUGGCAGUCUCCGGCAGCAAUGUGAGUCUUCGAAUCUCCAAUUUGCCUAAUAACCACCAUCUUACCUGGUUUUACACUACCAACCAGAAAAUUUUAGAAUGGGAGUCCAACAAGCUUAAUCCUCCCUACUUCAUAACUAAAUUUAAGGACAGGGUCACGCUUAAUCAUCAAGACAGUAUGCUCUACAUCUAUAAUGUCCAGAAAGAAGACAGCAGGACUUACAUCCUGAAGGUGUUGAUAGAGGCUGGGAUUGAAGAGAGAUGGAACAUCCCACUGAAAGUGUUUUAUCCUGUACCUAAGCCUGUCAUAAAAAUUGGGAAGACAGAGGAAGUGAACAACAGCUGUUCUAUCCUGUCAUGUGUGAUCCUGGAUCAGUCUGUCAACUACACCUGGUAUGGGGACUCUGGACCCUUUCCAAAAAAGCUCCAGAGUGGUGUGCUUGAAAUCACUGUUCAGCCACAAAACUACUCCAAGUUUUAUACGUGCCAAGUCAGCAAUCCUGUGAGUAACAACAGUGCCACAGUCCACUUCACUUCAGCCUGCAAACUGACCCAAUCCUCUGGAGGAGCUGGGAUUGCAGUGUGGCUAGUGGUAAUGGUACCAACCAUAUUUGGCCUCCUAUUGAGCUGA